AUGGAGAACUCGACAAUCUACGCUGCUGGAGGAGCAUUACUAGCAGUGCUCGCCGGGUUCCUUCUCUUACGCCCCACCGGUCUGGUGAAAUGGCUACAGCGCAAGAACUAUCAGUACGAGGUCACGUUCGCGCUCUACAUGUUGACGCCGACGGAAAAGUUUGUCUUUAAUUCAAUCCUAUUCCUGGCCAUGGCCAUGUUUCUCAUUGCCUCGAUCUUGUAUCUGCCGGACCAUCUCGCGACCAUUUCGCGGCGGACAUACUACUAUUUCAUUGGAGAUGCGGAGCUUUACUAUGGCAGUGCGACACGCAGGGUACGCGAUGCUGCGACUGGCUGGGCGCAAACCGCUUUUAAGGCGGCAUUGAACAGGACAAGUUCAGCAUGA